AUGUCUGCCCAGUCUCAGGAAUUGCUGAAGGCUGCAUGGGCCCAGGCAACUGCUGAGAAGAAGGAGGAGAAACUGAAAGAGUAUGGCCUUCGUGAUGUCAGACGGAACUUGAAGCACCUAACUGAGGUCAUGAACAUUACUUUUGCUGAUGGCAGUGUAUACAAGGACAUCUCUAAGAUGGUAAUCUAUGCUGCACACACAAUUUUGACAGAGGACAACUGUCCACUUGGCUACCUCCUACUUCAUUGUAUUCGCCUCUUUCUCAAAGUUGACACAUAUGCAGCGCCUGAAGUUCACACAACUGAGACUAUCAGUGCAGGCUUUCUUGACCUAUCUACAGGUAUGCCUUGA